GCGCCGACAGGAGCAGGGGCUUGGCCGGACCCCCCCAGCCCCCUCCAUUCACCAGCCAUGGGCAGCCACGAGAAGGACCCGGCUUCUCCAAAAAGGGCCCCGUCGCGCUCCAACAGCACCGUGUCUUCCAAGCACAGCAGCGUGCACCAGGGCUCGGAGACCUGGGAGGUGGUGGACGACCCGCAUGCCCGGGGCAGCCCGGGCCAGGAGCCGGAGGGGCACGAGGGAUACCUGCUCAAGAAGAGGAAAUGGCCUCUGAAGGGCUGGCACAAGAGGUACUUUGUGCUGGAAAAGGGCAUCCUGAAGUAUGCCACCACGCGCCAGGACGUCCUCAAGGGCAAACUGCACGGCUCCAUCGACGUCCGUCAGUCCGUCAUGUCCGUCAACAAGAAGGCGCAGCGGGUAGACCUGGACACAGAGGAGAACAUCUACCACCUCAAG